AGGUGAUGAUUUUGAUAAACGGCAAUGGUCUUUAGCAACAACAUAUAAGCAAUAUAAUAUGCGUGAAUCUUAUAGAAAUAAAUUUGAAUUAGGUCGUUUAACAAAGAAUUCAAAUAUAAGUCAAUCUGCCACAAGAUCUACAUUACGAAAAAAGCCCAAAAAUCAAACAUUAAAUAAUGAAAUAAACGAGGAUUUUUCUAUACCAACUUCUGCUCCUACAACACAAGAACAAACUAAUUAUAUUGAAUGGGAGAAUAAAAAACUUGAAUUACAGUGGGAAAAUUUAGCAAUUCUUAAAGAAGAAAUUGCAUUGUGGGAAAAACUCAAUGGUUUAAAGCAGUUAAGUAAUUAA